AUGUGUGACGAAGACGUUGCUGCUAUUGUUAUUGAUAAUGGAUCGGGUAUGUGCAAAGCUGGUUUUGCCGGUGAUGAUGCUCCUCGAUCGGUAUUUCCAUCAGUCGUUGGUCGACCACGUCAUCAAGCCGUUAUGGUUGGUAUGGGUCAAAAAGAUUCAUAUGUUGGUGAUGAAGCUCAAUCAAAACGUGGUAUUUUAACACUCAAAUACCCAAUUGAACACGGUAUCAUUACUAACUGGGAUGAUAUUGAAAAAAUCUGGCAUCAUACUUUCUACAAUGAACUUCGUGUUGCACCAGAAGAACACCCCGUUCUUCUCACCGAAGCUCCACUUAAUCCAAAAGCUAAUCGUGAAAAAAUGACACAAAUCAUGUUUGAAACAUUCAAUUCGCCUGCUAUGUAUGUCGCCAUUCAAGCUGUACUUUCAUUAUAUGCAUCUGGUCGUACAACUGGUAUCGUUCUUGAUUCAGGUGAUGGUGUUACACACGAUGUACCCAUCUAUGAAGGUUAUGCUUUACCUCAUGCCAUUCUUCGUCUUGAUUUGGCUGGUCGUGAUUUAACUGAUUAUUUAAUGAAAAUCCUCACUGAACGUGGUUAUUCAUUUGUAACAACUGCUGAACGUGAAAUUGUCCGAGAUAUCAAAGAAAAAUUAUGCUAUGUUGCAUUAGAUUUCGAACAAGAAAUGGCAACAGCUGCAUCAACAUCAUCAUUAGAAAAAAGUUACGAAUUACCUGAUGGUCAAGUUAUUACCAUUGGUAAUGAACGUUUCCGUUGCCCCGAAUCACUCUUUCAACCAUCGUUUUUGGGCAUGGAAGUUGCUGGUAUUCAUGAAACAACAUUCAACUCAAUCAUGAAAUGCGAUAUUGAUAUUCGUAAAGAUUUAUAUGCUAACACCGUCUUAUCUGGAGGCACCUCAAUGUAUCCUGGUAUUGCUGAUCGUAUGCAAAAAGAAAUAACAGCUUUGGCUCCAUCAACAAUGAAAAUCAAAAUUAUUGCUCCACCUGAACGUAAAUACUCCGUAUGGAUUGGUGGCUCAAUCUUGGCUUCAUUAUCUACAUUUCAACAAAUGUGGAUCUCGAAACAAGAAUACGAUGAAGCUGGUCCAUCAAUUGUCCACCGUAAAUGCUUUUAA